UUAAUUUUUUUUAUUAUUCUAAUUUAUGAUGAUUUCAAUCUAUAAGUGUAUUAAUAGCUGAUGAUGAAAUUUGAUAAUUUUCUGUGUUUAUAUGAUUUAGUAAAUUAUCUAAUCUGUGAAAUAAAGUGACAUUUAAGUGACAUUUAAUAAACUGAUAAUGUUAUUAAAUCUAAAUUAAAGUAGAAAUAAUUGUUUUUNAUGAACAAAGCUUUCAUGACCCCAUUAGCUGCUUUAGCUUAAAUCACAUAAGAAGAUGAUGCUGCAGGUGCUGCUGAAAGACUUGCUCAAUUAUUAUAAACCUUGAGAACCGUCGUUGAAGAAGCAUGGUCCUCAUACACAGCUGAAAAUACCAAUGCUUUGGCUCUUUUCACUUAAUAAAAAGAUUUAUAUCUUGCUUCAUAAUCCAGACUUGAUGCCUCAAAAGGAAGAUUAACAACCAAAGCUGAAAACUUAUAAGGAGUUAUCUCAGUCUAAACUGCCGUUGCUUAAGCUGCCACAAACAAGAAAUAAAGAAACUAAACCUUAUGGGAUGAUGCCGCUGAUUUAUGCCACAGUUUCGAUGUUGAAUAUGAAGCAGUCACUGCAGGAAGAAGAUAAGAAUUAGUUUUGGUCUAAGAAUUAGAAAGAUUAGCUGAAAGAAGAGCUGCUGAAUAAUAAUGAAGUAUUAAUAAAAUAUUUCAAAAUUAAUGAAAUUCUA